AUGAAGAACGUACACGCGGCGCAGAAUGACGAGGAGCCGACCGAAUGUGACAGCACCGCUGGCCAGCAGAGCUCCGUCCUGGCCAUGCCGGGCGCCUUUCCCCGUAAACGCGGCAAAGAGCAGCGCCGCAGCGCGACAUGGCGUAGAAUGCAACAGGCAGGAGAGCGCGUGAAGCUCGACGAACGGUACCUCCGCGAUAUCAAGCGCCGCCGCGAGGCUCAGGGUAGAGUCAAGACCGACGAGCGCACACGAGCGGCGGAGGAACUCGAACGCCAACGCGAGGAGACUAGGAAACAGAAGAUGGAGGAGGAGUUAGCACGCCGGCGUGACGACAACUAUCGCGUGCGUCAGAAGGAGUGGUGGAACGAGUAUGAGCAUAUCGCAGAGCUGCACCGUGAGCGCGAGCAGGCUCGCCUCCAGCGCGAGGAGCAGGUUCGUCAGCGUCGCAAGGAGGAGCAGCAGCGCCAGAAGCGUGAGGAGAAGCAGCGUCGCGAGCGCGAGGAGAAGCGGCGCCGCGAGCGUGAGGAGAAGCGGCGCCGCGAGCGUGAGGAGGAGGAGUGCCGGAAGCGUGAGGAGGAGGAGCGUCGAGAACGUGAGGAGGGGCAGCGCCGUGAGCGUGAGCAGCAGCGCUGUGAUCGCGAGCGCGAGGAGGAAGAGCCACAGCGUCGAAGGAAGGCAGGUCCGGGGGAGAAGGUGCAGCAGCUCGAGCUGUACGAUGAGAAGUGGGACCAGUUACAGAAACGGGUUGCUCGCACAUGGUCGGUGGAGCAGUUGCCGUGGCCAUCUUUCGGCGGACACACCGCGCUGACCGGGGCUGCCGUGCGCGCGUUCCUCCUCCAUAAGAACCGGACGGUGGUCCGAGGCGUGUCUAGCCGGACGGUGCUGCGUCGGGAAUCCUUGCGCUGGCAUAUGGACAAGUUCCAGUUCAUCGCGCCACUUGUCAAGGCGGAAGAUUGGGAGCGGGUGGCGGAGUUGGCGGAGCAAGUGCAGGUGAUCAUCAACGAUAUCAUGGGGAGUCUCUGA